AUGUCAUCGGAAUAUUCGUUCUGUAGCGAGGGAGGCUUCGACGAACAUUCCAGUUCUUCCGAUUCAGGCUUUGAAGUGAGUUUUGAAUCUCCAAAACACGAACUAUCCGUGGAUCCACUCUUUGCCCCAGUCAAAGAAGAGAAACGUAAAAAAACUCGAAAUACGCGAAGUAAAAGUCCAACUCAGGUACUCAGAUUGAAAAGAAAUCGUCGAAUAAAAGCGAACGACCGUGAACGUCACAGAAUGCACACGCUGAAUGAUGCACUGGAGAGAUUGAGAAUGGCCCUACCAACAUUUCCAGAAGAUGCCAAAUUGACGAAAAUUGAGACACUUCGUUUUGCACAUAAUUAUAUAUGGGCUCUAUCUCAAACUUUAGGAAAUUCGGAGAGCAGUGAGGUCACCGUUAACGUCGGCAACGUCACAGUUAGCAUCAGCGAAAAUGGCAACAUGAUAACGUCAUCAACCGGAAGCUGCGCUGUGGCAGCACAAAAACGACUUGGACCGAGUCAUGCAACGACAUUCCCCUAUCCUCAAGAAAGAUUCGUACCGGAAUGGCAAGAAUAUGAUUACUAUAGCGAUCAGAGUGUCAGUCCACCAAUACCACAACAAUAUCAACCUUGUUACGAGCAAAGGAUGUAUCCACAUCAUCAAAUUCCUCAACCACAUCAUCACAUGGCUCAUCACAACAGCAUGUAUCAGUGUCUUUAA